AUUAUCCACACACAUUUCCUUUACUAGAUCAUACUUUUAUAAUAAUUCAUACUCAAUAUGCACAAAAAAAUACAAAAUAAAAAAAAUGCAUUCCAGUAAGUACUUGCAAAGGUUUGAGUAAAAAAAAAAAAAAAAAAAUCUUGCUUGAGACUGUGUUUGACCUAUACUGGCAUCUAGUGGUUUUGAGUUUGUCUAACAGGUAUUAGAAAAGGCUUUUUUGAACAUUUGUCUUAAAAUUAUUUCAGCCAAAAAAAAUAUCCUAAUAGUGACAUAAUGACAGCUAUUAUGGUUAGGUGCAUGAAAAUUUAUGGCAGUUGUAAACAGCUUUGCAGUGAUGAAUGGCUUGUUGUCCACAUGAUGUCACAUUAUUAUGUGUUCAGAAGUAGUGCAUCAGUCGUUUCGAAAAUGAAUUAUACUUUAUUUCCAAAUUCUGAACUCCCUUAGUAGAAGCAACUACAUGCAUCCAAAAAAAAAAAAAAAAAUGAUCAUGUCCAAUCAUGUUGUGUGAAUAAAUGUUUUUUUAAUUGAAUAAAAUAAAAAUGAAAUCAUGUGCUUGUCUGUGUUGUAGGAAGGGGCAACAAGUUCAAAUGUCAAAAUGACCUUCAAAGCACCCACACAUUAUGACCCAGUCUGAAUCAUUCAAAACCACCAAGUGCAACAGGAAUUCUUGAAAUAUUUUAUAUACUUUAUUUUGGUACAAGACUGCAAAGUGCAUGGGAAUAUGUUUUUAUAACUUGUCGGAUGAAGUAAUAUUUUGCCUUCUUCUGUCUAAAUUCACAAUAUAGACCUUUGUUUCCACUGUUAACACCGAGUUUGACAAGGACACAUUGUCAGCAGAGUGCAUGUGUGGGUGAUGAGAUAAACCGUCACAUAAUUCAGUAUAAGAAAUGAACAACAGUACACUCACAAUGUGAACAUAUUAGACAAUGAACAUAUUCAAAUUACCUUUAAAUUCAAUUAACUGCAAACGUUUUUCUGUUACUAAUUCAAACGACUGACACUGACAAUAGAAAAGUGUCUAAACAUGUCUACAUGUGGCUUUUGGCCAAAUCUGCUCUGUUAACUCUGAAUAUAGGGUAAAUUAGCUACUGCAAACAUAUGGGUGCAUAUAUGUGGCCGAGAGAAAGAGAGAGAGUCUGUGUUAUACCACAGUGGCUUUCACCUCGUCUUUUAUUAAAGAGGGAAUGUAGGCGGUAUUAAUACGAAGAGAGUAGUUUCACAUUUCACAGUCUAUACAUUUUACAGGGUGUCGCCACCUUAAAAGGUAUUUCCUAUUGGCCACUUUCUUUAAACGGAGGCGGGGACAAUGCUCUUCGGCUGUUCUGAUUGGACAGUUUACCUGCCCAUCAGGAAUCUUUAGAUCACGGCCAUCUGACAGCGGUGCUGCAGGGAGCUGACAGGAGCCUCUCCUGCUCAACAGAUUUUCACGUAAUAUUCUUUCCAUAAUGAAAUUUUCUUUGUUUAGUUAGGUUUUCUCAAGACGCAUAUGAAGGCGCGGUUAAAUGCAGUUCACUGACUGAGGGGAUUAUCCUCUUAAAAGAUCUCACGAUAGACUGCUGCUUAAUUAGUCCUCACCAUGGCGACGGUUGUGAUGGAGCAGAUUGGGCGGCUGUUCAUCAACGCACAGCAGCUUCGCCAAAUCCCCCGUUUCCUGGAGUCAGCCUUCCCUAAACUGCCUUGUACUGUGAUGGUGAGCGAUGUGCCGUGGGUUUUCCGUGAGUCGCAUAUAUUCACGGGCUACAGGCCGCCUGACCAGAACUGGCGCUACUACUUCCUCACUCUGUUCCAGAGGCAUAAUGAGUCUGUAAAUGUGUGGACACACCUGCUGGCCUCCCUCAUUAUCUUAGUCAAAUUUCAGGAGCUGUCAGAAACCGUGGACUUUCUGCGAGACCCACACGCCCAGCCGCUGUUCAUCCUGCUUCUAGCCGCGUUCACCUACCUGGGCUGCAGUGCGCUUGCCCACCUGCUCUCGGCCAAGUCUGAGCUCUCCCACUACACCUUUUAUUUUUUGGACUACGUUGGCGUAGCCGUAUACCAGUAUGGCAGCGCCCUGGCCCACUUCUAUUACGUCAUCGAACAAGAAUGGCAUGCUCAAGUGCGAAGUUUUUUCUUGCCAGCCGCGGCCUUCCUGGCCUGGCUGUCCUGUACGGGCUGCUGCUUAGGCAAGUACGCCAGCCCAAGCUUGCCCAAAUUCGUUCACAAGCUAUUCCAAGUGGUUCCCUCGGGCCUGGCCUACUGUUUAGACAUCAGCCCAGUGCUCCAUCGCAUCUAUAAAUGCUACAGCUCCGAACAAGGCUGUGCUGACCAGGCGGUGGGGUACCACUGCUACCAGGUCAUCUCCUUUUUAAUCAGCGCCUACUUCUUCUCAUACCCCCAUCCUGAGCGCUGGUUCCCGGGACGUUGCGACUUCAUCGGGCAGGGCCAUCAGGUCUUCCACGUGUUCCUUGUGCUCUGCACUCUAGUGCAGAUCGAAGCUGUGCGACUGGAUUAUAGCGAGAGGAGACCUUUCUAUGAAAGUCUCCAUGGAGACUUGGCUCACGAUGCAGUGGCUCUUUUUAUCUUCACAGCGUGUUGCAGCGCACUCACUGCGUUCUAUGUGCGCAAACGGGUGAAGGCGUAUCUAGAAGAGAAGCAGGAGUAGGCAGGGACCUUGCCUUGCACAUGUAGGAAGGAUUGCACUGGUCUACAACAAUUUAAGCAACUAACAAUGAAAAACCUUUUUGUUAUUUUUCAGUGUAUCUUAUAUUUGUUGUUAAUGUUUUUUUUGUGGCCUGCCAAUGCAUUUUGAACCAACUGCUUUCUGUUUACCAAACUGGUGACUUGCUUUAAAACUGCAUCAUAUGUGAAGAAUGGCUCUAAAACAAUGGACUGCCUGCUGAAAGGUGCUGAUCUGUUUGACGAGUGCCAUUACAACCUAUUAAACCUGGUUAACGUGAGAACUGUGAAGGGAUAACAGCAUUUCUGCUGACAGGUUGGUUUGCAUACAGGAUAGUUCAGGUAGACUGGAUCAUUGGAAAUGUUCAUAUUUGCAUUGUGCCUCUAAAUCCAACCUCAUUUUGGUGCAGUGUGGUGCUCUUAAGUAUGUUGCUCAUAUGGCAUUUGCACAUUUAGCAGACGUAUAUUGCAUUGAUAUAUGUAGUACACUAAAUACGCUUUUUUUCCUGCGUUCCCUGGGAAUUGAACCCAUGACCUUGGUGUUGCUAGCACCAUGUGCUAUGGUUUGAAUUACAGGGAUGCACACAAGUAAAAUGUCAGUAAAUAAAGUUCCUAUGGCAUCAGACCAGUGCAGUUAGCUAAAUGUGGAGCAUAGAUGGACUUAAAUUCAAAAGUGUUUUAAAUCAGGACUGAAAUAUUGCAAACUUCACAAGGAAUACCUUAUUGAUAGAUGACUGAUUAAUAAUAAUUUUUUUUAAUUAAUCGGAUCAUAUUCCCCACUCUGCAGUGCUUUUUAGACAACAAUUUUCUAUUUUGGCUACUAUUAACUCAGUAAACCAAUGCAAAUUAGUGUCAAAUUGACUACUGACUUGCCUUAGAGUGUGUCCGACCCGUCCAGUGCCACGUUGAGGUCAGUUUAUGAUCACUUGCGAAUUGCAAUCGAUUUGUUUUGCACUGCCAGUGCACACUUCCCUUUUUGAUGUGUAGCCUGUGAAGAGGGGUGAAAUACCGGACAUUAUGAAAAGGACAGUAGGCAGGAUGUGAUGUCACUGGAUUGCAGUAUAGUCAGAUUGAAGGAUUUCAGAAGCAGCCCUGGCAGAUUUAACAAAAAUGAGAACUCUGCGUGUUCUUUAUGCUUCAAAGUUACUAGAAAGUUGCUCCACGCCAUCAACACUCUUUGUUUGGAAAAUGUUAAAGGGAAAGUUCAUUCAAAAAUGAAAACGCAUUAUUUACUCAUUUUCAUAUUUUCCAAAUCUGAAUGAAAUUUUGAAGAUUGCUCUUACUGUUGCCCAUACUAUGAAAGUCACAGGGGUUCAAAUUAACUUUUGAUUCCUUCUUUUAAUUUGAAUCAAACCAUUAUUUUGUAUAAAUAACAGCAGAAUAUUCAUUUUUAGGUGAACUAUCCCAGCCAAAGAGGCUUUUGAGAAACAAUGAAUUAUGUCCAUUAGCUAUGAUGUCUCCAUUUGUCAUGAAGAUGCUCCUUUUGUAUGCAAGGGCUAUAACUAUGGCCUUAACCUUUACUCAUACCCUGAUAUGAAUGCCUUUGUGUGUUCUGUGCAUAUGUUUUUCUAAUAGAAGUUCAGCACUUUAUUUACAAAAACAGUCUGAGCAUCAAAACUAAUGUGUUAAAUGUAUACUCUAAUGUGCCUGACUACAUGCAUGCGUCCUUGUGUGAGUAUGCAUACAGGUGCUUGUCGUGUGUGUGUGCAUUUUUGAAUGUUUAUGUAUACCUGUGUGAGAUGGCUACUGAUGAGAAAGGAUAUGAAGGUUCCUGAACCUGUCUGGCCUUUUAAUGACAGUGAAAUGCAUCUAGCUCUUGUAUCAUGAAUUGUGUAGCUCCCCUUGUCUUAGCCCUUGUUCAUAAACCAACACAUAUCCAUCAGAUUGAAGGUGGAAGGAUGAUUUAUUUUCAUAUUCCCCUGAGAUGAAUAUUGUGUCACUAGGCUAUUGCUGCAUUAACCAGGAAAACGUCUGUGCGAUGUAGCGUAAAAGCUGGUUUAUGAUCCAGUCCCAGAAAAACAAAUUGUUGCUGUGGUAUGAGCCGUUUGAGAAGUAGCAAAUAAGCGAAUUCUUGAGAAACGGUGACCACCAUUUAUUUUUGCAACCAGGAACACAAGGAGAACAAGAAGGGGCUUUUCACACAGAACGCAUUUUUGCAUUUCAAAACGCAAGACGCUUGGUUAUGGAAUGGAAAAAAAACCUGCAAGGACUAUAGCAAUACAGUGGAAUACAGAAUGCAAUUUUUCCAUUCAAAAUCAUGAGACACCAGGCAGUGAAAUGGAAAAAAGAGCAAGGUCUAGAGACAUUUAAGUUCCACUUUACAUGUGCAUGUGGCGCUCAUGUCUAGUGCAUGUUUACAUAGAACAGUAACGGAAAAGUAGCACAGUGGAAUGCGAAAACGCAUUCUGUACAAGCAUGUUUUUUAUGUUUGGAAAUGAUGCAGGGCUGUGGAAUAAAAAAAAGAGUAAGAUCUAGAGUGGCAUUUUUAAAAAGUUAACCUAAACUUUAGCACUGCGUAUUUUGAAUGUUGUAUUAUGCGCAAGAUGCUGUAAAAGACACAAGAAGUAGCGUGUAUUUAGCAUGGAAUGUAAAAACGUGUUCUAUGUGAAUGGCCCUCCAGUUUUAUCAGCACCAGCAGACAACAAUGAUGUCACAGAUUGAUGAUGUCAUCAAGGACUAGAACUGAUGAAGUG